GGGGUGAUGAGUGGGAACCUGUGAUCUGAACCCGCGGUGUGAACACAGGGAGGAUCACCGAGGUGCGGACGCCUCUUCUCGGUCUCAGUGUCAACCUGUCGCCGCCUCUUCUCAUCUUCUCUCCUCUCUGAUCGUCCACACUUUGUCACAAGUCCGCUCGAUGGCGGCCGCGCCGAGGAAGAUGCUGCUUUCGGACGCGGGGCGAAUUAAUUUGAGCUCGGUGACCAGCUAACGCCGAUUAGCUCGCUAACGCGCCGCUAGCUCACGGUUGGCAGCCGCGGGGAGGAUGAGUCGAGGUUCGCCCGGCAGGGGAUGUGGAGACAUGUCAUCUAGCGAGGACACGCCGAGAAGUGGAGGAGUGAAGAAGAGGACGACCCGGAGCGCUGGUCCCUCCACGCCGGUGAAUGGACGACAAGGUAGCGACUGGGACAGCAGGCGCAAGAGGAAGACUGCGGACAUCACGCAGGCCCUGAGCGUGAGUCCAGUGGAUGUAGCGGCUCUGAGGAGGAUGGCCAUCAGUGAAGGAGGACUGCUGACCGACGAGAUGCGAUGUCAAGUGUGGCCUCGCCUGCUCAACGUGCCCCUGCAGGUCCUGGACCAGGAGCCAGAGACGGUGGAGCGAGAGAACAACAAGGACUACAACCAGGUCCUGCUGGAUGUCCAGCGCUCCCUGCGGAGAUUCCCACCAGGUAUGCCGGACGAGCAGAGGGAGGGUCUCCAGGAGGAAUUGACUGACAUCAUCCUCCGAGUCCUGAAACGUAACCCCCAACUGCACUACUACCAAGGAUACCACGACAUUGUUGUCACCUUCUUAUUGGUCCUGGGAGAGCGCCGGGCGACUGCGCUCGUAGAAAAGCUCUCCACUCAUCACCUCAGGGACUUCAUGGAUCCCACCAUGGACAACACAAAACAUAUUCUCAACUAUUUGAUGCCCAUCAUUGAGAGAGUCAACCCAGAGGUGCAUGACUUCAUGCAACAGGCUGAAGUGGGGACAGUCUUUGCUCUCAGUUGGCUGAUCACCUGGUUCGGCCACGUCCUGUCAGACUUCCGCCACGUUGUCCGGUUGUACGACUUCUUCCUGGCCUGCCACCCUCUGAUGCCAAUCUACUUUGCUGCUGUGAUUGUACUUUACAGAGAAGAGGAGGUGCUGGAUUGUGAAUGCGACAUGGCCAUGGUUCAUCAUCUGCUGUCUCAGAUUCCUCAGGAUCUGCCCUAUGAGACCCUCAUCAGCCGAGCAGGAGACCUCUUCGUCCAGUUUCCUCCCUCUGAACUGGCCAAAGAAGCUGCCUCAGAUGACGGCAUGGCCACCUCCACCUUUAAGGACUUUGAUCUUGCGUCCACUCAACAGCGACCGGACUCAGUUCUCCGUCGGCGACGCAGACAGAAGCAGGCUGCACUGGAGAGCGCAGCAGCCGGUUCAGUAGCAACAGUGACUCGGCCUUCAGCAGCGCGGCGCUUUGUCCGACUGGCUGUCAUGGGUCUGACGGUUGCUCUAGGGGCAGCAGCCCUUGCUGUGGUCAACUCUGCGUUGGAGUGGGCCCCCAAGCUGGACCUGUUUCCUUGAAGCUCUUUUACCCCUGCACUCCAACGCAUCAUCCCUCACGUGACUCUAGUGGGUGCAGACCCUGCAGCUGAUGACACUGUCUGGAUUGAACGCUCCUCAUUCGUCUUCUAGGAUGCUACUAAUCAUCCCACUCCACAUGGGGCUUCUCAGCCCCCUGCUCUGGGUCACAUGACUCCUGAAGAACAUGCAGCAGUUUGGGUUACAGCUGCUAUUGUUCUGAAGUGAAGAAUCCAUCCUGUUAUAACGAAGAUAAUUUAUUUCUAAGGACUAUUACGGAUGGUGUCGUUAUUCAAGUUUAUUUAUAUUUGGGAUAACUAUAAUCGGAUAUUGAGUAAUCCUCAGAGAUUUAUGUUGAAAGCUUGGUGGACUCACUACAAUAGAAACUGCUGCCAAGUUUAAGUGUGUAUGUGUGCGUGCGUGGGUGCACGUGUGUUUGUGGUCGCAAUCUGUUUGUAAUCAAUUUGAUACUUGGACUCAGACCAAAUGGAGGGUUGAUAGAAUCCUCUUUCUGUAUAAUUUAGUGUUUCUUAAUUUAUAGAUAUGUAGAGUAUAGAGGUUUAUGAUCCCACAGACACUUUUUAAGGUUUUAAUAGUUUCAGGUCACUUUGGUGAGUUCUCACCCCAGACUACACAUUUCAGCUUGAAUUCAUUGAUGGGUCCAAAAUAUUUCUGGAAUUUAAAAGUAAAUAUACUGUCACCUGCUUGAGACUUAAUUUUGUAUCUGAAAACGUAAAGCAACACUAUGCAACUUUUUAAAUCAUAAAAUAGCAGCUACAAAAUUAAUAUGGUGCUGCUCUCAUUUCCACUCCUCACCCCGAACGUCUGCUCUUGUUCUAUGUAACUUUGGUGAGCAGGUACGAUCUCCUGUGAGAAGUGUGUAAGCACCAGGCCAGCAAGAUGUUGAUUAGUUAAAAAGACCAGUAAAAACCAGUGAUUAUAUCCAAUAUUCCAAGUGGAAACUUUUAAGAUAAAAACCGAGAUUGGUGUAUAUGUUACAUCAGCAGCUCUUCUGGUUCAAGAAACCAGGGAUCAUGGGUAAUAUCUGAUCAGAGCUUUGGUCAACACAUUGCCGGGCUUUGAUUUUUCUCGGCAUGAAAACCCUACCUAAUGAUUCACCAUGUGUGGCUGCAGAGGGCGCUGUUGCUCACUACAAUACAAGUUACAUAUUGUUGCUUUAAUCCGCGGAGUAGGCUCCAGAUUAGAGUUCAGGUUUCGCAGUCCAAGUAAAAAAGAAAAUCAACCAUGAAAUGGUUAAAUUGAGCUUUCCAGUUUUUGUAGUUAAUUGCUCAGUUGUGCAACCUUAAAGAUGUGUCUGUGUUUCAUGUGCCCGUAUUUACAGGGAUACAUCUUCUGCUCUGCUUAUACUAGGGUAGCAGAUGGAAUCUGACAUCGUAGUUCAGCAGCAAACUCACUCACUUAAUGCCUGUAACAUUUCAGAGCUGGGUUAUGUAGUAAUUGGAGCGACACAGUGGGCGACCCAGUUUGCACUGGUUGCGUUAGUUUUGCAAUCACAAUUAGUUUGUUAUGCACUUUGCUCACUCCUGCUGAAAAGGUGCUCCAGUUAGAAAAAGCAUUUCAAUAAAUAGUGUCCAACAUUUGUUUCAAACACGACUGAUUUAGUAAAUAGGAUUGUUAAAAGUCUAGAAUGGGAAUUUGAUUUCAGAGACAGUCCAUAUCAUUCCAGUGUUUGUCAUUUUCAUUUGAUUAAAUAUUUUAUAUCCGGAUUGCUUAUUUGUCAGUGGUGUGGUACUCGAAUAACUACAGAAUAAUACCGAAUUUAAGAAUUGUAGUUGCUUGUAUUAGGCAGCACAGAAAAAGCAACUAAAAACAUAUCAUGGUAUAAUCAAAGUCACAUGUUAAAAAACAUUAGUUUUUGCUACUGUAUAUAAGGAAAUUAAUACCUGGGCCUCCCAUUCCAACAUUAUGGUCCAUUCAUUUAUUGCCUUUAUAAUAACUACUGAUGAAAAUGAAGGUGAGGCUCUGAGCAGCCCGAGAGUGGAGCUGUUUAGCAGAAUCGAAACACAUGUAUCUGCACUGAUUUAUCUGCCUUUUACAUUUAUUUUGUGAUAAUUAUCAUACUGAUGUAAAAUUGUACAAGAGAAUGCUAAUAAACUAUAGUGAAACGCA